CCAACAAUUGUGUCAAUGAGACAGUUGCCUGUCGGAAGGUUGCUGCAGACACACAGGCGUUGUUUGUUAAGUGUGUGUGGGAGAGAGAGAACGCCAGAGGGAGAGAGCGAGAAGGACUGGGACCCCCCAAAACGUGAGCGGAUCAGGUCUUGUCCAAUCAUGUGACGGAAGAGGAGGACUCGCGAGGAUAAACGGAACCAGCCAUUGUCGUAACAUCCCGAGGGAAUAGGCCCCGUCGUUGUUUGCGUCCUCCAAUAAUAAAAAUUUACUGGACCCAAAAAACGGGUCAAACCAUGGACUUCCGAAUCCGGGGGAGGUUAGCAUGGACGCUGAUUCUAGCGCAGGUGCUCGGGCUGGCGGGCUCGUCGCACGGCUCCCUGGUGACGGUGAACCGCGGGUUGAGGGUGAAGAAGGGCCAGACGGCGUUCCUUCAGGAGGGGGACCUGCAGUUCGACAUCCCCCGUCAGAGGGACGCGUGCAAGGUUGAGGUGGUCGCCAACGAACCCAUCACGCAGCGCGUCGGGAAGCUCACACCGGAGGUAUUUGAUUGUCACUAUCUGGCGGAUGAGGUGAAGUAUGUCCACAACGGAUGUCCCAUCUUAACGCAAGACACGGUCAAGCUUCGACUGUACAGGUUCACGGAGGCCCACACCUCCAUGGAGGUGUUCACCCUCCUGGUGGACAUCGCCGACCCCGAGUGCAGCGUCAUCAAGCUGGGGCCCAAGUCCCUGGAGGUGCCCGAGUUCUACGGGCUGUCGGCCGUGCUGGACGGCAACGUGGUGUCCUUCCGCUACGAGCGGCGCUCCACGCUGGAGUGCAGCGUCCUGCUGGGCGGCCCCGCGGACACGCCCCUCCCCGCCCACGGACAGCUGGUCGUCGGCGACCCGGACGAGCCCACCAAGCGCGGGGACGAGCCCGAGAGCUUCGUGCCCCUCCGGCGACAGCUGGAGAACAAAGAAAGGGCGAUGUGUCGACGGGACGACUGCCUCAAGGGCCUGAGGCUGGUGAGGGUCACCCAGAUGUCCUGCGAUGACUUCCUGAUGAUGGGGGCGAGGUACCAGCACAGGGACCCCCCCUCCCCGGACAUGGACUACAUCGCCCUCAGGGUGGACCUCAGAGACACCCGCAGCGGGACCAUCUACCAGUCGGAGAGCGCCUGGCUGCCGGUGCGGAUCGCGGGCGCCGUGCCCAACCAGCCCCCCCGGCCCGCCUUCAUGUCCACCUUCAUCCUGGAGGCGGACCAGUUCAUCCUCACGCCGCUGUCCACCGCCACGCUGGACGCCGAGGACGACGAGACCCCCGGGCAGCGGCUGGUGUUCAACGUGACGCGCCCCCCCGCCGAGGGCUUCCUGACCCACCUGGCGGACCACACCCGGCCCGUCUCCUCCUUCACCUGGCUGGACCUCAACGACAUGCUGAUCGCCUACCAGCCGCCCAACGCCUCGCACACCGCCCGCAGGAACUACCAGGUGGAAUUCGAGGUCCAUGAUUUCUUCUUUGAGCGCAGCCCCCCGAUAGUGGUCCACAUGUCGGUGAGGAACGCAGAAACCAACGCCCCCCGAGUGUCCUGGAACAUGGGCCUCAGCCUAUUGGAGGGCCAGUCUCGACCAAUCACGUGGGACCAGUUGCAGAUCGUGGACAACGACAACCUGAACAUGGUGCGCAUCGUCACCGUGGAUGGGCUGCAGCACGGGCGGCUCACUGUGAGAGGCGGUAAGGGCUUCAGCUUCACGGUGGCCGACAUCCGGGCGGGGGCGGUGCGCUAUCACCACGACGACAGCGACAGCACGCGGGACCACGUGGUGUUCCGCGUCAGUGACGGGCGCCACCACGCCCGCCACAAGUUCCCGGUGAAGGUGCUGCCCAAGGACGACGGCGCGCCCUUCCUGGUGGUCAACACGCUGCUGGAGGUGCAGGAGGGGGGCACGGCGCUGCUCCGGGGGUCCGUGCUGCAGGCGGCCGACGCCGACUCCAGCGACGACUACGUCCUGUUCAACGUCACCCGGCCCCCCCGCGCCGGGGAGCUGCUGAAGGUCCCGGGCCCGGGGCAAAUGGGCUACCCGGUGAGCCGCUUCCUGCAGAAGGACCUGUCUCACUCCCUGGUGUACUACCGUCACCUGGGCAAUGAGGUGUUCCACGACUCCUUCGAGGUGGUGCUGUCCGACUUCCACGACCCCCCUAACCUGUCAGAGCCCCAGGUGGUCCUGGUUCACAUCGAACCCGUGCCGGACCAGCCGCCCAAAGAGGUGCCGGGCACCUCCCGGCGACUGGUCGUCAAGGAGACGGAGGUGGUGCACCUGACGCGCCAGCACCUGCGCUUCGUGGACCCCGAGUCCCCCGACAGUGGGCUUACCUACACGGUGACCACGCCCCCUUUCUAUACCGGCCCCCACAGCCACUCUGACGCCGGCCGUCUGUUCCUGGUCGAGAGCGUUCCCAAGUUCACCAAAGACGCCAGCGCUCCUAUGCUCCGGCUCUUCACCCAGCAUGCCGUGAACUUCAUGAAGGUGGCCUACAUGCCCCCGAUGGAAGACGUCGGCCCCCGCCCCCAGCAGAUCCAGUUUGUCCUGUCCAUCACCAACCACCUGGGCAUCACUCUCACCGGGAUCUGCUUCAACAUCACCGUGCUGCCCGUGGACAAUCAGCCCCCACAGGUGAAGACCAACCCCCUGAUGGUGGACGAGGGAGGGGAGGGCGGGGUGGGGCUGGAGCACCUGCUGCUGCUGGACGUGGACUCCCGCCCGGAGGACCUCCGGGUGGUGGUGAGGCACGGCCCCCGACAUGGGACCCUGCGUCAGGGGGGGGUCCAGCUCGCCGCGGGACACGCCCUCACCCUGCAGGACCUGCGGAGCCAGGAGGUCAGGUACACCCACGACAGCUCUGAGACCCUGGAGGACCGGCUGGACCUCACCGCCACCGACGGCACCAACCCCGUGGACUUUACACUUCAGGUUCAGGUGCGGCCGGUCAACGACGAGGUGCCGGUGGUGGCGGCGGGCCUGAGGGCCGUGCUGGGCUGCGUGGAGGGCCGCGAGGCGGUGAUCACGGCCGAGUACCUGCACGCCACCGACGGCGACAGCGAAGACGGCGGGCUGACCUGGCUGAUCGCCCGGCAGCCGUACCACGGCGUGGUGCUGCGGGCCGGCGCCGUCGUGGACCGCUUCGUCCAGGCGGACCUGGCGGAGGGCGCCGUCUCGUACCGACACACCGGCCUCGAGAUCGGACUGACCCCGCGCCACGACACCAUCACCUUCGUGGUCAGCGACGCAACGGGCUCGGAGCCGGCCCCGCCCUGCUGCGAGGGGGUGGGGCCCCCGGGGGGGGGCAGGGGGCCGGGGGGCCGUCUGGCCGACAGCCUGCCCGUGUACGACCUGCAGGUCACCGUGUUCCCCGUGGACAGCCAGGCGCCGACCCUCGCCGCAGGAGAUGUAUUUGUGGUGGAUGAAGGGGGGGCUGCCCCGAUGACGGCGUCCCACCUGAAGGCCUCUGACGUGGACACGGCGCUGGAGGAGCUGGUGGUGAGCCUGGUGUCGCCCCCCCAGUACGGCUACAUCGAGAACGUCCUGCCAAGUCCGGGCUUCGAGAAGAGCAACAUGGGCAUCAGCAUAGCCUCCUUCUCCUACAAGGACGUCCUGGACGGGCACGUGAACUACGUCCAGUCCCGACACCAGCGCAUGGAGCCCACGGCCGACCAGUUUGUCCUGAGCGUGUCUGACGGAGAGCGCAGCUCCGCCCCCGUCUCCUUCUACGUCAUCAUCAGCCCCACCAACGACGAGGUCCCAGACCUGCUGGCCAGGAACAUCACCGUGAGGGAGGGAGACAUGAAGGUGCUGGACUUCUCCAUCCUGGACGCGCAGGACUUGGACGUUCCCCAGAGCGAGCUGCGCUUCAGUGUGGCCACGCCCCCGCGCCAUGGUAGCAUCAUGAGCGAGCACGUAGCGGCGGCGGCUAACAGGAAGAGGGAGGCUAGCACGCUCAUAGAGGACUUUACCAUCACACAACGCAAAGAGGGCAUGACCCUGAUGUACGUCCACGACGGCUCUGAGAACAUGGAGGACAGCUUCACGGUGCAGGUGACGGACGGGGUGCACACGCUCCAGAGACGGGUGGCGGUCAGGGUGACGGCGGUCAACGACGAGGAGCCCAGGGUCAUCCGGAACAACGGCCUGGAGGUCACACCAGGGGAGGCCCACCUCAUCUCCAGCAUGACGCUCUCCGCCCAGGACAUGGACACCCCGCCUGGGGAGGUCCUCUACGUGUUCCAGAGUGUCCCUGCUCAGGGGCUGCUCCAGCUCAAGGUGGGCGUGGCCUGGAUGACCCUCAGAGCCGGGCAGAACUGCAGCCAGGACGCGGUGGACAUGAACCUGCUGCGCUACCUCCACACGGGCCCCCGCGGCGCCGCGGCCCAGGACUUCUUCGUGUUCAGCCUGACGGACGGAGAGAACCAGUCCCCCAGCCAGCACUACCACAUCUCCCUCAAGGAGAUGGAGAAAGGGAACAUCGCGGUGUCGGUGCGCCCGGUGACGGUGAGCCGUGGCGACCGUCUGGUCCUCAACACGGACGUCCUGCUGGCCACCGACGGUACUGACCGGCCCGAGGAGCUGCAGUACAUCGUCACCGCCCCCCCGCUGCACGGCCACCUGGAGUACAUCCGGCACCCAGGCAUCGCCAUCGCCACCUUCAGCCAGAUGGACGUGGUGGCCAACCUGGUGGCCUACGUGCACGACAACCGUGCCAGCGAGCCCGCCGACGCCUUUCAAUUCGUCAUCAGCAACGGCAAAACGACCCGCAACGGCACCUUCUCCCUGGGGGUGGAGCUGACGGACCGCGUGCUGCCCUCGCUGCUCCGGAACGAGGGUCUCACCGUGCCCCAGGGGUCCUCCAUCCUGCUGGGGCCCGGGGCCCUCGCCCUGUCCGACCCGGACACCCCCCCCGAGGGCCUGGUGUUCGUGGUCCACGAGGCGCCGCAGUACGGCCGGCUGACGCUGGCCACCGGCGCCGCCGCCGCCGCCGCGCUGGGGCCCGGGGCCAACUUCACCCAGAGGCAGCUGGAGGAGCUGGGGCUGACGUACGGCCACGGCGGGGGCCCGGCCCUGAUCGACCGCUUCACCUUCACCGCCGCCGACACCUCGGGGCGGGGCUUCCUGGUGGAGGGGCGGCUGCAGACGGAGCCCGUGGCGUUCGUCGUUCAGGUCCUGCCUCUGGACAGCGCGGCCCCCGAGGUGGUGACGCUGCUGCCCCUGUGGAAGGCGGAGGCGCUGACCGACGGACGCUCCGGGAUCUUCCUGUCGUCCAGGGAGCUGCGGGCGCAGGACGGCCAGUCCCGGGACGAGGAGAUCCGCUUCUGCGUGGUCCGCCCGCUCUACUUUGGCUACCUGGAGAACGCCACCAGGGGUGAUUUCGUGGAGCACUGCUUCUCCCAGACGGACCUGAACCGCAGGUCCAUCGUGUACGUGAUCAACCCCUCCGUGGGGUCUCUGUCCGACAGCCUGGAGUUCAAGGUGUCCGACCCUCUGGGGAACGUCGGAGCCGCCCACACGCUGGAGCUGCAGUGGUCCAGCGUGGAGCUGUCCCGGUCCCAGUACUCAGUGUGUGAGGACCAAGGCACCGUCUCCCUGGAGGUCACGCGCAAGGGGAACCUCGCAGAGUCCUCGUACGUCACCGUCAAGGUGAAAGAGAUCACUGCGAAAGCUGACAAAGACUUCCUCCCGAGUGCAUCCUCCCUCAUUCAGUUUGAUCCAGGUGUGCAGAAGAGGAGCUGGACCGGUGUGCUCUUAGCAGACGACCUUGAGGAGGCCGAGGAGACCUUCAGGGUCACCCUGGAGACCCCCGAGGGAGCCGUUCUGGGGGGGCUCACCUCCGCCGUGGUGACCCUCAGAGACGCUGGCCGGGGAGGAUGCAGGGGAGAGCAGGGCCCAGACGGGACCCCCGUCCUGGGGGGAGAUGAGGUGGAGACGGGGGGCUACCGGGAGCACGGCUCCAUCCACGUGGAGCAGCUCCCGCUGGGCAGCGGCCCCCGGAUCAUCCUGCCCCGCGGGGACGGCCUCCCCAGCUCUGAGCCUGAGCCCCCCAGGAAGACCCUCAGGGCGAGGGGCAACCCCAGGACGGUCAAACCGUCAUCUGUCUUCCACAACGGCACUGACGUGGUGUACACGUACCACGGCGUCAUGAGUGUACAGGUGGAGGACGAGGCGUCCCCGUCCAGGAAGGGGAGGAAGGCUAGCGUCCGCGUGGUUAGCAGGCAGCAGCAGCCGCCGCCGCCGCCGCCACAGCAGCAGAUGAAGCAGCGACAGCGGGAGGUAGCGUCCGCGGUGCUAAACACGGCUAAGCUAUCGCCGCACAGGAAGGUCUCAAGCGCCAAAACAACGCCGGAAUUGUUGGACGCUCAGGUGCCCGGGGUCCGGCCGGUGGCCAGAGCGUGUGUCCCAGAGCUCAGGGGCGUGCUCCACUUCAACCACAGCACCAGUCAGCUGCUCAGCUGUGACGGGGUGGCGUGGAAACCCUGGGCCCCCACGGACAAGAUGGUGGCCGGCCGGGCCUGCCCCCGGGGCUGGGCCUUCCAGACCGGGGCCUGCUACAUCCUCAGCCGCGACCACAAGGCCACGUGGAGCGAGGCGAACAGAGCCUGCAAGGAGAGAUACCGAGGCGAUCUGGCAAGCGUCCCGUCUAAGGCCCAGAUGGACUGGCUGUGGGACUUCAGUGGGAGGAAGCCCUUCUGGAUAGGUCUGAACGACCGGGAGAGCCGCGGCCGCUGGGAGUGGACCACCGGAGAGGCCCUGAGCUACACCAACUGGAGGCGGACCCCCCCGCGCCCCAAGACCAAGACCAGCCGACGGUGCGUGCUGGUCUGGCGGCGGGCCAAGUGGCAGAUCAGGGACUGCCGCACGGGGCGGGGCCACCGCUACGUGUGCUCCGUCAAGGCCUAGCGGGCGGGAACGAAUACAGGGGGGCCGCGGCGGCCAUGUUGUUCAACGGCAUCGAACGGCAGUGACGCGCCGACUGAGGAACUAUAAACAGACACACCUUUAAACAGCGGCGCUGAUGCGCGGAGGGUGAAGGCGACGUGUCUUGCUCGAUACCCGACCCGUGCGAGUUCGAGUCCGACCUGGAGUCAAUGUAGUACAGGCCAUCACGUCUCCUCUUCAACUCACCACCCUGUCUCUCUUCACUCUCUCUCCUCUCCAUAAAGGCACAAAAUAACUAAACACAUAUUUUUUUUUUAUCACAUGACAAUGGAAAAAUUACUAGGACUGGAUUGAACCGUCUCUUGUGGACUCCAGAGGAACUGGGAUGACUGACUGUAUCUGAUUGGUUAAGAUGAAGUGGCGAGGGAUUUUGUAUUGUGUAGGUCAUACACAAACCUGUAAUUUACCAGGGAUAACUGUACCUCUGUUAUUCCACUAUUGUUUCGAUGCUCGUUGAUGCUAUGAUAUUAAUGAAUGUUCCCAACCUCGGGCCAUGUGACAUGGUUUACAUUAUAAAUAUAUGCCAUUUCUUCAUAAGUUUCUUCUACUUGUAAGAUUGUUUUAUUUUUUACAAACUUGAAUUGUCCUAUCUGUUCCUUCUUGUAUAUAAUUCUUUGUUUUGACGCUUAUUUAUCUGAAUAAUGAUGGUAGUCCCAUUUCGUUGUACUUGCCAGCAGAAAUUAUGCUUAAUUAUCAUGUGAGGUUUAGAUGCGUUCCAAUGUAACACACUAUCGUAUCCGGGCCUAUCUUUUUAAGUAGUGUUUAUUGUAAACAUAUUGGUGCAUAUAAAGCGAUUUAAAAUAACAUUAAAGCUGAAAUUGACAUGAGUACUUA